UAUAUAUUAACAUAUAUGUAUAUGGGUUUGAUUUAUAUAUAAAUGGUGAUGGAAAUAGAAUAUUAUUUGAGAUUAAGAAACAAUAGUCUUUUUUUAAUUUUUUUUCUAUGAAAUAUUAAAUAAUUUAUUAUUAAAAAAAUAACCGAUCCAAAAUAACCGAUCCAAUCCGCACUAUUGCGGAUUGGAUUGGAUCGGAUUUAAAUUAUUAUGCGGAUCGGAUUGGAUCCAAAAUAUGAAAUCCGCACUUAGUGCGGAUUGGAUGUUGUUUGACCAAAAAAGUGCGGAUUGGAUCGGAUGAACACCCCUAAGUGGGGGGAGAGGUAGAUAGAUACCCACUAAAUUAAUAAUAAUCCUCAAAAGAAAAAGAAGUAAUUUUGGAAGUAAGGAAGUGGAAACAAAAAGCUAAUUCGUUUUUUAUGUAUUUUAUUUUUCAUUUCUUUUUUGAUACUAUGCGUUUAUAUAUAUAAGAUGUAAAUCAAUAUUUGUAAUUUCAUCCCAUUCUAUAGUAUAGUAAGAAUUAGUGGUGGCCAGAGGCAUGGAAGUAGCGGAGAAAAGCAAUAAUAAAGAGCAGGUGGUUUUAACCAUCGACCCACCACCACCACCACUACCAGAUCAUAAUAUUAUCAGUAAUAAUCACAAAAUCUUGAGACGUCUCAACUAUUCAAAACCAAGGUCUCGAUUCGAGGAGUUCACUCAUCCCUUAAUCCCUCCCAACAGAGUCCCCGAAUUCUCCCAUGAACUCCACCCAACCACAACUUCAUCCUCCGAUGAUGAUGAUGAUGAUGAUGAUGAUGAGAACGACGACGCCGAGUGGUACGGUGAAGUCUACAACGACGAAGACCACGACCGCUACAGAAAACAACAACGAAGACGCCAGAAAAAGAUGAACAAAAGAGCAGUGAUGGAAUGUUCUCUGUUUCUCAUCAUAAUGACUUGCUUAAUCUGUUCCCUCACUCUUCAACCACUCAAACACAAGAGGCAAUGGAGUUUGGAGAUCUGGAAAUGGUGCCUGAUGAUCAUGGUCGUCUUCUGCGGCCGCCUACUCUCGGGCUGGGUCGUCGGUUUCUCCGUCUUCCUAAUAGAGAAGAAUUUCAUGCUCAAAGAGAAAGUAGUCUAUUUCGUUCACGGUCUCCGGAAAAGCUUCCAGAACUGCGCGUGGUUAGCACUCGUCCUAAUUGCGUGGAUGAUCAUGUUCCCGGACGUUCACAAACACCACAAAUUCCUCAAAAAGAUCUUCCGAUUCCUAAUCGCAAUCUUAGUCGGCGCAACGAUUUGGCUACUGAAGAUCGUGUUCGUCAAAGUUCUUGCAUCCUCGUUCCACGUGGCCACCUUCUUCGAUCGGAUGAAGGAGAGCGUUUUCCACCAUUACAUUUUGGACGCGCUCUCGGGUCCGCCCGCGGAUGAAGAAGAGGAUCAGAUCGAGGAGACGCGGCUUCGGCGGCUUAAGGCUUCUAAGUCGAUGCCGGCUCGGCUGAUGAGGCAGCAAGAUGGGUCUGGGAGGAGGAGGAUUGAUAUGGAUAUGCUGAGGAAGCUGAGCAGGCAGCGUCGUGCCACGGCUUGGAGCGUGAGGAGGCUUGUGACUCACGUGAUGUCUUCGGGGCUUUCCACUAUAUCGACCAUGGUUGAUGAUUUUGGGACCACUGAGUCCGAAAUUACCAGUGAGUGGGAGGCUCGUAACUCGGCCAAGAGGAUUUUUAAGCAUGUUGCCAAGACUGGUGCCAAAUACAUAGAAGAGGGCGAUUUACUUCGCUUCCUCAAGUAUGAAGAGGUUUACACCAUCUUCCCUCUUUUCGAAGGAUCAGAAGGUGGAAAGAUCUCAAAGUCUUCCUUCCGAAACUGGGUGGUGCAAGCAUAUGUAGAGCGAAAAGCUCUUGCGCAUUCUCUAAACGACACGAAAACAGCAGUCCACCAACUUCACAAGUUGGCGAGCGCAGUGGUGAUGGUGGUGAUAACGGUGGUGUCACUCCUAGUGAUGGGAUUGGCCACAACCAAGGUGGUUUUUGUGGUCACCUCGCAACUUCUUCUAGUUGGGUUCAUGUUUCAGAACACAUGCAAGACAAUGUUCGAGUCCAUCAUCUUUGUCUUCGUCAUGCACCCCUUUGAUGUUGGUGAUCGUUGUGUCGUUGACGGCAUUCAGAUGAUUGUGGAGGAGAUGAACAUUCUUACCACAGUAUUCUUGAGAUAUGACAACGAGAAGAUUUACUAUCCCAACUCUGUGCUACUCACCAAGCCUAUUAGUAAUUUUAGAAGGAGCCCUGAUAUGGCUGAUGCUGUAGAGUUCACCAUUGAUUUCUCUACUCCCUUAGAUGACAUUGUCCAGCUCAAGAAAGCCAUACAAAUAUACAUAGAGAGUAAACCGAAGCAGUGGCAUCCGAAACACAGCGUGUUAGUUAAGGAGAUAGAGAACGUGAAUGAGAUGAGAAUGGGUCUAUACGUGCAACACACCAUGAACCAUCAGAACUAUGGUGAAAAGAGCAGUCGAAGAUCAGAGCUCGUCUUUGAACUUAAGAGGAUAUUUGAAACUCUUUCCAUUAAAUAUCAUCUUCUCCCUCAAGAAGUACGUCUCACUCAAUUCAACAUGCUCCCCAACCCCAGCCCUAGUCUUUCAACUUGAAACUCUUUGCUUAGCUUCUUUUUUUAUAAUGAGUUUUCAUUGUAUUUUUCUAUUGUGUGGUGAUCGAUACAUAUUUAUUAUCUUCUUAUUUGUGUGUACUUAGUUUAUAUAUUAAUGUUCAGAGUUUUUAAUCAACGGUUGCUAUGGUUUAUUGAUGUCUAUCACUUGGUGCAAGCAAUAUUGAUUCAGAUUGUUGAUGUAGUUUGACAUCUUUGUAAAUGUACGUUAUAUAAUAGAGAUUAUACAUGACAAAACUGCUAUG